AUGUCCGCUGUGGCUCGCCAUGCGGCCCAAGGACUCCGAGUCCGCAUCGGAACAUGGCACCUUAACAAGACGUCGAUCCCCUCAUCCCGGCAUGUUGCCACAGCUGCAGCCGCAACACCAACAACAACCACAUCGGCACCAGCAUCGAUAGUCCGGAACGGUUCAUCUAGCGCACCUGUCGACGUCAGCAUUGGGGCUCCCCUCUCUACUCCAACAAUAGAAUCAGAAGAGCCACUUCGUCAUCCAGCAGCCCGCACGCCAACAUCCUCACGAAGGGACACUCUCAAGGAUGCGAAACCCUUUUCCGACUUCUUGACUGACACCUACAACCGCCAGCAUGAUUACCUUCGCAUCUCAGUGACAGAGCGAUGCAAUCUUCGCUGCCUGUACUGCAUGCCGGAGGAGGGUGUCCCUCUGGCGCCCCAAAAGGAGCUUCUGACCACCCCUGAGAUCGUUUUGCUCUCGUCUUUGUUCGUCUCCCAAGGCGUGACAAAAAUUAGACUCACCGGUGGUGAGCCAACGGUACGGCGCGAUAUCGUGCCCCUGAUGCAGCAGAUAGGCGCCCUACGGCCUCACGGUCUGCGAGAGCUAUGUCUCACCACGAACGGGCUCUCGCUGCACCGCAAGCUGGACGCCAUGGUCGAGGCUGGAUUGACGGGCAUCAAUCUCUCGCUGGACACUAUGGACCCCUGGCAGUUCCAGCUGAUGACGCGCCGGAACGGCUUCAGUGCUGUGCAAAAAUCCAUCGAUCGCAUCUUCGAGCUCAACCGCCUCGGCGCCGGCAUCAAGUUUAAGAUCAACUGCGUCGUCAUGCGCGGUCUGAACGACCGCGAGGUCCUUCCCUUUGUCGAGAUGACACGGGACAAGGACGUGGAGGUUCGCUUCAUCGAGUACAUGCCGUUUGACGGCAACAAGUGGAACAAGGGCAAGAUGUUCAGCUACCAGGAGAUGCUGGAGCUCAUUCGCUCCAAGUACCCGGACUUGCAGAGGAUCCAGGGUCACAAGAACGACACCAGCAAGACCUUCCAAGUGCCCGGUUUUGCUGGCAAGGUUGGCUUCAUCACGAGCAUGACGCACAACUUCUGUGGGACGUGCAACAGACUGCGUAUCACCAGUGAUGGGAACAUCAAGGUGUGUCUCUUUGACAACACUGAGGUCUCUCUGCGAGAUAUUGUGCGCAAGAUCAACCAGGGAGAACCCAUUGAUGAGGAAGCCUUUGAGGUGAUGAGGCAGGCUGCGCUGGAAAAGGCAGGCCAGGCUUUCGCUGAUGGCACUUCUCCAUUACUCGCUCCCAACUCAGAGGAGCUCCUGAAUAUCAUCGGCAUCGCUGUCAAGAAUAAGAAGGAGAAGCACGCCGGCAUUGGCGAUCUUGAAAACAUGAAAAACCGACCAAUGAUCUUGAUUGAUACCAAUACCAAUGCCACAUCCCAACAUCGCUUCCAGUCUCCGGGCCGCAACAGCCAUCAAAUUCAAUGGAAUCAUAACGGGCUCUCUUCCCUUCUCUCGCCUCCCACCAACAACACCAGCAACAGCUUUACUCAUCGCAAACUGCAAGGCACCAGCAUGUUUGUCCCCCCUCCAACCUCCAAUGUUCCUCCAGGGCUCAGGCACGUCCGCCUCCUCUCCACCACCCGCACCUUCUUCUCCUCCUCCUCCGAUAACAACGGGAAGGAACAACCCACACUCAACACUGGGAAAGAGCAACCCAAACUCACCCACCUCACCCCCACCGGCGAAGCCCACAUGGUCUCCAUAACCACCAAGACGCCUUCCUCGCGCACCGCCGUUGCCAGGUGCACCGUGCACUUCUCCAACCCGACCGCCUACCCGCUCGUCGUCACCAACUCCCUGAAGAAGGGCGACGUCUUGGGCGUUGCACGCAUAGCCGGGAUCAUGGCGGCCAAGCGGACGCCGGAUAUCAUUCCGUUGUGUCACCCGAUUCAGUUGACGCAUGCUGAGGUUGAGUUGAUGCCUGUUGGGCCCGUUGCUGCUCCGGUUGAGGGCUCGUCGGAGUCGGGAUAUGGAUAUGGAUAUGGAUACAUCGACAUCACAGCCACCGUGUCUUGCUACGGCAAGACGGGCGUGGAGAUGGAGGCCAUGACGGCGGCGUCGGCGGCCGCCUUGACGGUGUAUGACAUGUGUAAGGCGGUGGAUAAGGGGAUGAGGGUCGAGGGGUUGAGGGUGGUGAUGAAGGAAGGGGGGAAGAGUGGGAACUGGGUGGAGGGGGAGAGCGUGAGUGAGUGAGGUAGAUCCCCAGGGAGACAGGAUGGCGGAUAAGAGGCGAUUUUUUAUAAAAGGAAGAAGAACGGGGUUGUUGGCGACGAGUGCCAGGGAAGGAGUUGACUAUUGACGGGGAAGAGGGAGACGGAGUGUCUGCAGCGAGUGGGAUGUUGAAGUCCUUUGGGGCAUAUCGUCUGAGGAGCAUUCUGGUUUUGAUAGUACAGAGUUUCCAAACCUCUUUU